AUGACCCAUUCUCAGCGGAUCACAAAGGGUGCCCGGCAGCGCCACGUAGAGAGCAGUAGGAAGAGCCGAUACGCGGAGAACUGGGGAGGCCUACGCCCUGGACAAGGACCUAUCGGACGAAGCCUAGACCGCCCCGAGCCAACCAUAAUUCUCUAA